AUGAUGGUCACACCCACGCAUCUGCUGACAGACACCUUUUUCUAUGCUAUUGGAAAUACUCCUGCCGUCAAUCUCACUAGCUCAGUGCCUCCUGAUCAAGAUGCAGAUAUAUUGCUUCUGGGAUGUGGUGAUGUGCGGAAUAUCCUCUUCUCUAUUUAUAUGGGCAUGGGGAACGGUCGCAGGAUUGAUUUUACGUGUUGUGAUAUUCAGCCUGAAAUCAUAGCUCGAAAUAUCAUACUUUUCACACUAAUACUUGAUGAUACUGGAGGCGACAAUGUUGAGCGGAUAUGGAACAUCUAUUACCAUGUUAUUGUUGAUGAUGCUUCCUUAAAUACCCUUCGGAAGCAAGCCUCAAAACUUCUCAAGGAAGCAGCCACAGCUACAGAAUGGAACAAGACAAGGUAUGGCGCUAUUCUUCGAUUUUGUGAUAGCUACACCUUCUCCCAGGUCUUGAAACUCUGGAAGUUUUAUGCUCUCCAACCGUCGCAUGGGCAAUCAUUUAAAAAACAACAGGAGAAGCUUCGCAAUAGUACUAAAAAAGCGAAUGAGAUCCAGAGAGACAUAGUGGGAGACAAGCUGGUUUACACCGGUCUUCUAUCGGCAGCUCCUCAGAUGAAUUUUGUUGCUAUGAAGGACGUCGCCAAUUCAUACAAAACAUUUUGGAGGACCGGGUCAUCAAAAUUGAACCAAGCAAGAACACGGGCGAAUCGCAACCCCAUGUUCGGGACUACCGACUCCCGCCACAUUUUGCACUACGGAACGGAUCCUGUCAUUGGGUAUCACCUUUCCACGGCAUAUGCUGAGCUAUCAGAAGACUCUCCCUUGAAGACCGAUGCGAGCAAAGCCAAGAAAAUGGGUACCUGCUUUAGCAUGGCCUUUGAGCAAUUCCGCGCAUUCACCAAGGCGCUCCGAAAGUCGGCAUCAUAUUUAACUCUACGCUUCGUCAUCACAGAUGCCAUGGCCCUCUGUCACACUUUUCAACAUAUGCAAAUCCAUGAAAGCAGCAAUUCUGCCGGGUGGUAUCGAAGUUUUCGGACAUGGCAGCCCCUGGUCCUUGAUAACAGGGACUACUUCGCGGAGGGUACUAACACCGUUGCCCCUUUGUCAUUUGACGUUAUAGACACAUCCAAUCUGAUGGACCACUUGGGCUGCUUGAACUUGCUUACUGCGGCCGGCGCUCUUUUGAAACAAAUACCAACGUCUACCUUGUCAACUGAAGUAUUGGUGCCGCGCGAAGUGAACAUGGACGAAUUUAAGAAAAAUCUCUUGUUUGGAGAUAUCCCAACAGUUGCCCUAUUGCUGUCCCUUAAUCCAGUGGAGAAUUGGACGGGAGCAACUUCUCGAGCUGGCUCUCCCACAAGGCAGUCACAGUUCAUACUACACUGGAAAAGCACGGCAAUUUACGACAAGGAAACCGCAAACCCGUCCCUCUCAUUUGAAUCUAAAGAGCUUGCCGGGUUUCUGUUUCAAGUCUACAAAAGAAUGUUCAGUAAUGAAAACCCGACAGGAUGGCUCAGUGGUAUUCAAGAUAGAUUGCAGAGACAGGCAUACGCCCAUUACACAAGGUCAAGUUUUGUCGCGAUUCUUAGCCUUAUACGUCGUCGAAACAUGGUUGUGUGGGAUGAUUUCAUGCGUGAGCUUUACAAUCUGAUUCUAAACGAUCCGUCUAUCAAAUUUGGUGCAAGCUAUGUAGCAGAGAUGAUUGCUUAUUUGGAUGUUUUGGGGUUGCGUCCUAUGCCUGAUACGGAGCUCCCUUCGCGAUUGGCUGUCAAUAGCCCUCAGUGUCCGCUACAGCAUUGGGAACAUGUGCCUUCAUCACUGUGCGUCACAAUGAUUAUUCCACGUGAGAAGUUGCGACUAUUCGAGAGAGCAUCAAGCAAGGGUGGACCGGUUGUACAGAUGGUUUUACGAGACAUGGAAAUGGACGUUCAGAGUUUCUACCUGAACAUUCAGGCUGGCUUUGGACAUCUGAGAGUGCUUGGGGAAAGAUAUUCUGAGGAUCUUGCAUUGGAGAUUGAGGAAGACAGGCGAAAUUGGGAUGGCACUGCCCCCAUGAUCGUAUCUGCCGUGGUCCCGUCGUGGGUGGUUCUGCAGAAGGUUGACCUAUCGACCGAGGUCAUCUUCGCUCUUAAUCAAAGCCUUUACUCGUUCGCCGCGUUUGGUAAUAAGCUGGGCUUGGAACUCGCUAUAAGCAAGUCAACUCUUGCCAGUGAAGAUGUUUAUAUCACCAAGAACCGCCCGAAUAUGUCUACACAUGUGUCUUUCUCGGGAAUCAGUUCCAGUCCAUCUGUAGAGGAUGUUAAGCAUUUCUCAACAACAUCAUCUGAGUCUGACAAGGAAGAAACGCAAACCCAGUUCCACGCACGACUGACCACCGACCAGUCAAAGCUGGAAAGUAUAAUGGCGCAUAUUGAUAUCCUUCCAGGACAGUUACAGAAUGUGCUGCAAUCAGGAGCUGGUGUAAAAGCUAUACAAUCCUCCUUAUUUGAGGUUUCCAUCUCAUUCGACACGGGGACCCUAAUCAAGAAAGUGCAAUUUCCCACACCAAUCUCUAUGAAUGGAAGCAAGACUCUGGUUGCACAAAAGCCAUCAUACGUUGAGUUUAUCGCGCCCGUGCCGCCUCAGAAGGAGAUUUCUGACCGUCCCGACAGUUUGUAUCCCAUGGUCCAUGGGAGAACAUUUGUCGAGCUUCGCACACCGCACUAUGUGUCACUUGACAGGCUACCGAUUCUCAGUCGCAUGAAUGCAGCUGGGAUGUCAUGGUUGCUUCCACAUCUAUCGAGUAUGUUUUCCCUUAGUGGGCAUGAUACGCAAGAGACCCAAGUGAAAUCUGGAUCAAAAAGUGGAGAUGUGCGCGUGAAUUUCAAAGACUCGCUUUUAGCAUUAUUUUCAUGCUCUACAGGUAUGAAUGGAGUCCGACGUCAUGAUGUUCUGGCAUUGAAUAGUCCAGAGGAGGGAGGAGUCCACAUGCUCAUUUUCGUGUCUUCUCUUCGCCUGGACAUGUCCUGUCAGCAUGUCGUCCUAGACGUUGCCGUCCUUCCGCUUUCAUUGGAUACCAUUCCAAAAAUGGUACCACUACUCAACACGGUUAAACAACGGGGCUUCUUAUCCAUUACAGUAGAUAAAAGCGAACUCCUCCAAUGGAAACAUGCAUUGCCGGCCAUGGUCGAACGCUGUCGUGAUUGGAACCAUAAGCCGUCUUGCGAAUACCUAACAAGCGGCAAAAUCCCUGUCUCUGUUGAAUUUGGACAACAGCCACUCUGUUCUUGUGGGAAAGGCAGGUUCCCUCGCAGCUACAAGACCGCUUUACCUGGUAUCUGGAAAGAAAUGUCAAAGCACGCCGUGAGAGCGGCCAUUGCACCAGUUUUCCCAUAUCCUUCAUUAAGCACUAAUUCGAGCUCAACAAACCAGAUGAAUAGAGUGAGAGGCAAAUUUCAGGGGUUGUUAAUGGCGUUGCUCAAACGCUUGAGGCGUUGA